AUGGCUUUAAAUCUACAGCCGCGGGAAGACGGACUGGUAAGCUUACAAGUGCCCAAAGCCAGCCAAGCGUGCAUCAACUGUCGUAAGCAAAAGAGGAAAUGCGACAAAUCGGUCCCAACAUGUGGCCUUUGUGCCAGGAUGAACCGUCAAUGCGACUACAGCGACUCACCAUCCGCACCCACCGCAAGUGAUGUAGCCGCAUUACAAGCCCGUCUCGCCGAGCUCGAGAAUCGACUCGCCUUAGCUGGCAAGGAAACCACCACCACGAGCUCAUCAUCCCCCAACAACAACAUCUUCACCCCAGAGACCAACAACAACAAUGUCAACACCCAGCAACACCAGAUAACACCACCCGUCAUCAACUCCCGCGGCCCCCUCUGGCUCCCAGCCGGCGGCUCCGCCAACCGCUUCCCCUCCGCCCUCCUCCUCGACACCGACGUCUUCAAAUGGGCCCAACUCUCCAUCCCCGCUCCACCCGUCGCCGUCCCGCGCGACGUCUACGACAUCCUCAGCCGCGGCAACACCGUCCAAGACUGCGCAGCCGAAUACUUCGACACCGUGCAUCGCUGGUUCCCCUUCAUCUCCAAGAAGCGCAUGACGCUGGGGCAUACUCUAUGGGAAGCGGGGCCGGACUUGGCCAUGUUGUUCUUGGGGAUGAAGCUCAUCGUUACGCUGCCGCGGGAGGGGAUGGAAAGUGCGGAUAACCCGCUGUAUACGGCGGCUAAGGGGUUGUUGGCGUUGUUGGAGAGUGGAGGGUGUGUGAGUUUGUUGUGUUUGCAGGGGAUGGUGUUGGUUGCGUUGUAUGAAUAUGGGCAGGGGAUAUAUCCGGCGGCGUGGAUGAGUGUGGCGGGCUGUGCAAGGUAUGCGGAGAUGUGUGGGUUGCCGGGGUUUAAGGAGAGUUGGGCGGUUUUGGGGGCUGUGACGACUUGGACCGAGUCUGAGGAAAGGAGAAGGGUCUGGUGGGCUAUUUACAUCCUGGAUAGGGUGAUCUGUCUUGGAAACAAGAAGCGGUUUGUGAUGCCAGAGCCGGAGAAGCACUACCUUUUGCCUGUGGACGAUGACGCUUGGGACAACGGAGACCCAGGCCGCGCCCUCAGCGCAGGAAUCACCACCCCUCUCGAGCAGCCACAAGGUCGAUUCGCUCGCCUAGUCCAAUCAUCCAUGCUCGUCAGCAGAACCAUAACCCACAUCCGAACCACCCUACGCAACCAGCAAUUAGGAGGCGACACCGACCCCUUCGACAUCAACGAAGUCGACGACCUCAUCAACACCCUCACCUCCUUCAGCACUUUAAUCCAACAAGAACUCCUCCCCAGCCUCGGCAGCUUAACACGCACCCAGUCCAACAACACAUCAACAUCAUCAACCUCAUCAACAUCCCCACCCCCGCCGAACUGGCACUUCCUAACCUCCAACUCCGUUCCUCUCAACCCCCCUUACCACAACCCUUCCUCCCCCUCCCUCCUCACCUCCCCUUUCGAUUUCUCUUCUUCCCUAAUAUCUCCCCAACCCCAACCUCUAAACCCCCUCUCCCUGCCCCCUCUAAGUCUUACCCACUCCGCCCUCUUCCUCCUCUACGACAUCCACUGCUGUCCGGAAAACCUUCUCGACGGGUCCGGCGCCCGGGGAUUCGAAAACUUACAACCCAAGACAGCCAACCAGCAUGCCCUGCAGGUGCGGUCCGUGGCGGGCUUGCGCUCGCUUUCGAGUGGUGCCGUCCGCGAGCUGUGCAUGGAGUUGUUGGAUGCGGGUUUGGCGAAGGUUAGUCCGCUUUGUUUGGAUGAGAUGUAUAACGGGUUGGCGACGUUGAGGUGGUUGUGGAAGGAGGGGGGUGAUAAUGGUGGGACUGGGGAGGACGGAUCCCCGGGGGAUGGAUGUACAGGAGGAGGUUUGGGAGUGAUGCAGGCGGCGGAAGAUGUGGGGAGAUUGUCGAGUAGGUGGAGGUUGGCGGAGGAGUAUUUGGGCUUGGUUGGGUUUCAUGAUGUGGGCGGGGUUUGUUAA